GAGGCGAGAACAGCCGAAAUGGAGGAGACUCAAACAUCGGAAAGUGUCGCCGUGCUACCGGACAUGUCCGAACCGUUGACGAGCGAGACCGAGGAGGCGUCCACCCUAACGACCGAACACGAGGCGCAUCCCGUCGCCGUGACGGCUAGCGUCACUUCGGUACCGGGUGUUCCUGGUGUUCCAGGAGUCGGGGUACCGGUUUCUUUGCCUGUUGGCUCUAUCAUCGGUGUAGCCAACUCGACCAACGGCACGACCUUCAACGUCAUCACCUCGGACCAGUUGCAGUUACCUGGUUCGGGGCAGUUUAAACAGAUGCUAUGUGUCGAUAAUGGUUUCAUUUGUGAACCCCGUCAUGAUAAGGAUACAGAUCCUUUACGUUGGAAUGGAGAAUUAAAAGCUACUCACAUAGUAAUUCAAAACAGUACAGAGGAGCAUGAAUCUGAACAAAUACAUGUCUCUACAGCAAAUACUCACCAAAUAUGCAGUUGGUCAGAAUCUGCUAAUUUGGCAGUAUUGCCUGUUAGAUGUAAAAAUACAAAUGCAGAGUUGCAUAAAAGCAGAUUUGGAUCUGGAGCUAGAGGAAGAUGUAUCAAACUUGGACAGGAUUGGUAUACACCAAGUGAAUUCGAAGCUCUUUGUGGGAGAGCAUCUAGUAAAGAUUGGAAACGCAGCAUUAGAUUUGGUGGUAGAAGUUUGCAGACCUUAAUUGAUGAGCAUAUCUUGAAACCACAUGCAACCUCUUGUACUUGUGCGGCAUGUUGUGAUGAUGACAGUGCGACAGGUCCUGUUCGACUAUUUACACCCUACAAGCGUAGGAAAAGAACUAGAGAUACGUCGGAUGGGGAUGCGCCUAUACGAAAGAUAAAAAGUGAUAAUUCACGCGAUGGUAGUAAUAAUGAUGAAAGCGAUGGUGAAGUUGUUGUACCUGAUAAAGAAGUGUGGCCACAAUUCGUUUCAACGGAUGGUUUAGUUGUACAGCAAUCGCAAGAUCAAGAUGGAGUUGUUCAAACUGUACACCAAACAGAAAAUGGACAACCAGACGAUAUAUUUAAAAAACUUGACGAGAUGUCGAAUAAAAUGUUAAAACUAGCCUACGAGUUUAGACGAACUUUAGAAGAAGCUAAAGAAGUAAAUAGACAACAAAGAAGAGAACAAGCCUUAGUAGCCCAGUUAGGAGGUAGAGGAGAAGUUAUUGAAACAGUUGGACUUCAGCCAGCAUCGGAUACACAUAAUAAAAAAUGCGCUAAUUGCAACCGAGAAGCAUUUGCUGAGUGUUCUCUAUGUAGACGAACGCCAUAUUGUUCUACAUUUUGUCAACGCAAAGAUUGGGCAGGUCACCAAGUAGAAUGUGUAAGAGGUGCUGCUGAAACUGUAAUGCUUAUAGUAGAAAGUAGUAGUGGAGAUACUAGUGCCCUCGCGACGUCUACCGGGGACCAAUAG